AUGCGUUUGACCGUCGAGCUCAUUCAGAAUUCACUUUCCUACAUUAAUCCGCUUACAGACCGAGAGCUGGAUCUUAGAGGACACAAGAUCCCCACAAUUGAGAACCUGGGAGUUGCCAAAGACCAAGAUGCCAUUGAUUUCACCGACAACGACCUCUCCUCGCUCGGAAACUUCCCCUUCUUCCCCCGCCUCCGUACACUUCUUUUGGCGCGCAAUAGAAUCAGCCACAUUCAGUCCUCCCUGGGCACUUCAUUGCCGAACUUGUCAGCCCUGGUCCUGACUUCAAAUAACCUGUCCGAGCUUGCGGAUCUCGAGUCGCUUCGCACUCUCACAAAGUUGACACACCUUACUCUGCUCGAGAACCCUGUUACACGGAAAGAGAACUACCGGUACUGGGUUAUCUGGGUGGCUCCCUCUGUGCGUUUCCUCGACUACCAGAAAGUGAAAGACGUGGAGCGCGCCAAGGCAAAGGAACUUUUCGGUACCUUCGAAGAACCGUCCGCCCUCGCAUCAAAGAUCAAGGGUAUCAAGUCCAAGACAUUCGAUGCCUCGAUAGCCGCAGCGACAAACAACACCUCAACCGACAAGGCGAUCCGCGUAAAGCUCACAGAUGCCGAACGGAAGCGCGUGGAGAAGAUGAUUCGCGAGGCAAAGAGUAUGGCGGAGAUCACACGGUUGGAGAAGGAGCUUAACGAGGGACGGAUACCCGGCGGAGCACUUGGUGCAAGCGAAGAUGCGGAUGGGGACGUGCAAAUGUGA